AUGACCUCGCAAACAUUAAACCAGCAGUCCUGGAAAUGGCGAUGCAAUGAACUGUGCCAAGACAGCUACACAUUUGAAGAACGAGACAACCUGCGUUGGAAAAUUAAAGACCCCGCAUAUUUUAUAUCCGAGAUAAGGCAAUUGAUGGAUACUUCGAGAAAGUGCCAUCAACAUGUCUCUCAUUUGGCUGAGAAGUUAUCGAUCCUCUGCAGGAUGCUCCACGAGGUAAUAAAGGAGAUAGGACUUUCUCCAGAAACCAUUCGGGCGGCCAUUCAGGACGAGGCAUACUGGAAGCUAGAAGCCGAAGCCAUUUCUAGCGACUACGAACACAGCGUGGAGAACUAUACGUCGAUAGGUUCAAAUAUUGUUUGCUCAAACCUUCAUCAUGGAACUAUCGACCGGCAUUCACCUUCUGAAGAAGCUCCCGUGGAUGUUUCACAGCGCACCAAGCCAAACACCCCAGUAGUGACAAAAUUCGGACACGAAGACUUCGUGAAUCAACUCAGUCGCGGACUAGAGCUACAUUUGACGACGGUUUCCUGGCGAGCUGCCAAGUACGGACAACAAAUUGCCGAGGAGACACUCCCUGGCUAUACACCACCCGAUGUGAAAGAAAAGAGAAUGAUAUUUGUGGAAGACGAGAUGGCCCGCUUCGAAGCCGAUAUUUCAUGCGAUGAAAACGACAACGACGGUGGCAGGGAAGAUGCAACUCCAUGUCACCUCCAUAAUAGACCACCAAAAUCUGAGUCCAUGGAGCGAACGGCAAAGAGAAGUGACAGAGGAGCUUCGGAGCUUGAACCGCCCCACAACGGCUACCCGUGGACCGAGGAGGCUCCGCUCUACUGGAGACAGGAAUGUGCGACAGCAGACGAGUACGACGGUAACGCUUUCGAAAUUGCGGUCCAAUGCAAGAGUAGUCAAAAAGAGGCAAGACAAGCUGACUGUGACAUCGUUGUCAGCGUGUCGAAAGCCGUCUGCCGCCCACAGAUUGCCCAUCGCAGAUACGGAUCCCCAACAGAGUGAGCGCCUCAAAAAAGAGCCCUAUAGUACUGCAGACAA